AUGGGUUCAAUCGUAUUGCCUCACUUGCGGACGGCCUGGCACGUUGACCAGGCUAUUCUCUCUGAAGAAGAACGCCUCGUGGUGAUCCGCUUCGGCCGCGACCACGAUCCCGACUGUAUCCGUCAGGAUGAGGUUCUCUACAAGAUUGCAGAGCGCGUGAAGAACUUCGCCGUUAUCUACCUCUGCGACAUCGACGAAGUGCCUGAUUUUAACGGCAUGUACGAGCUAUACGAUCCAAUGACGAUCAUGUAUUUCUACCGCAAUAAACACAUGAUGUGCGAUUUCGGCACGGGAAACAAUAAUAAAUUGAAUUGGGUGCUGGAAGACAAGCAGGAGCUCAUCGACAUCAUCGAGACCAUCUACAAGGGCGCGAAGAAGGGCCGUGGUCUGGUCGUCAGUCCAAAGGAUUACUCGACAAGAUACCGUUACUGA